CAGGCUGUACUGAAAGUGCGUAAGAGAGUGACCCUAAUGGUUCUUAUAGUGACUGUUAUAUUUGGAAUAUGCUGGUGGAACUUGUUGCCUCCUACAAAUUCAGCCCGGUAGCGAUUCCUAUGGCUCACGUCAUGAUCAUAUUUAAAGGUCAAAUGAACCAAAAUUUCGACCUUUUUUAUUUUAGUUCAAUUCUAGUGAAAUGUGUUUAAUAUGAACCAAAUAAACAUACUGUGAAGUUUCAGGUCAAUUGAAGCAAAUAUCUCCGAGAUAUUCGCAAUUAAAAAUUGCUAUUUUUUGGCCCUUAUCUUCGUAGAGUGGUCGGAAAAAUUGUCGGAAAAAACAGCUUGUGACGUCAAUGUUGGUCAGGUGAAAAAAAGCGGGAAUUCAAAACAGAGUUUUUCGAGUCGACUUGGCGCAGAAGUGGCCAUAAACCUGGAAAGAACAGGCAAUUUGUCCUCAAAAGUUGCAAGCUGUGGUUAUAACCUUGUUAUUAUUUAAUUUUGUCGAAGAAUACAUCAUAGUAAAACGACUUUAACGACACAUAUUUACUAAUUUCCUUGAGUUGUACUGAAAAUGUGCGUGCGCAAGUCCAAUUUUUUUCAUGAUGCAUUCACAAAAUGUGUUCAUAUAAGGAAGUUCUUGGAUAUAUAUGGUCCGGAGCUCCACCGUGGACACAAAAACAAAAUAUCUUUGUAUAAUAAUCUGCCCAAAGAAAUUCAAGUUUGCCCACAAUGUGUUUGAAGUCUCUGAACUUUGUCGCACUCGAGCUGAUAUUUUAAAAUCCACGCUCGAUCGGACACUUCUAGCUUCGCAGAUCACUAACAUAUAAACAAAAUCCUCAAUGUAGAAGUUUUGGCCUUGAUAUGUGGGCAGAAAAAGAGUUAAUCUUUAUCUAAUAAAUCUUUCCCAAGAUCGGUUUCAAAGCAACCAUAGUUUUUUAAACUUGAUCGUUUCGCGCAGAUUAAUUUUGCUUUGUGUUGUCAAGUUGAACAUGCAUAACACCUGUCAAAAACCUACGCGUAAGUAAGAUUUCCUUCAAACAAAGUUAAAGUUACAUUAUUGCAAAAACUUCUUUCCAAUUAUGUAUAAGAUUUAAUUACCGAUUGAGGUCACUUUAAGGACCAUAGACGCCACUUUAAGCUGGCAAAGAGAUGCGACAAGCAAAGAACAAUUCCAUCAUGCAUAAAAUUCAGAUUAAGUGAACUAAAAAAAGCUUCAAUAAGGUUGUAAAACAACAAAUUUUCAUUAAAAAAAUAAGGCUUAAGGCUCUUAUACCUACUGACAAAGAAGAAGUGAAUUUUCUGUAUGGAAACAAUCUGCCUAAAGAUCUUAAGAGCAAAAGAUCAGUUGCAAGUUUCGCAGCCAAGCCAUGAUUCCGACUACUUAGCUAGAUUAGCUACUUUUAAUAACUGGUCCAUGCGAGGGUCUUCAUUCAAGCAAACUAAACUCAGCAAACUGAAUCAUUAGAAAAUACAGAAAACUGCACAUAAGGAUUUCUUUUGCUCGCUUCGGUCAAAUUCAGCUCCAGCAAUGGUUUACGGCCAAAGAGUCGAUUGUUUUGGAGUCACUGCCGGCAGUUGUCGUUCUCCGCUACUUUGCAGCGAGUGAAAUGAAAAUUUGCGUACAGAAAGAUAACAAAACUAUGCAAUUAAAACUGAAAAAAACUAAAGGAAAAAAAACUGACUAUUAUUACUUGAGCAACAGAAAAAUGAUCGAAGUAGUCUUUUCUUCUCGAGUAAGCUUGCUGGCCUUCUAAAGUUCCGAGAAAGUUUUUAAAACUUAAAAGCUUAAAAGCGCACAAGGUUAAUCACUCGCAUGCGUUAUUUAACCAUUACGGUUCUUUGACUGAAGACAAGGAUAAAGCUGGUUCUGCAAAGGUAAAUAAAUCUGGCCAUGUAAAAAAAAGUAACCAUCACUACUAAUAACAGAAUACAAGCAGGUUUUAAUUCAACCCGGCGAAAGAAGGCGAAGCAUUGGACACAAAAUCAACUCACAAAUCGAAUACACAAUUAUCAGAAAAAUACAAACCUGUUUGGAAAUGUUCAAAACGUUUUAUUCCACCUCAGACUGACGGAAUAAUCUGUUUUUACUCUAACAUUGGUUGUUCUGAAUCCAAAGUAAUUUUCAAGUGACGAAAAAACAACAACAACAAAAACAAAAAAAAAAGCCUUUACAAGGAGCAAACGUUCGCACCUCGUGUAUUUCAUUCAGUCUCAGUCAGAACUCUCACAGAACGAGACAAACAAACGCAGGCGAUAAGGGAUGCGCAGAAGCUUGCGCAGAACGUUUUUCCGCCCNCUUCUCGAGUAAGCUUGCUGGCCUUCUAAAGUUCCGAGAAAGUUUUUAAAACUUAAAAGCUUAAAAGCGCACAAGGUUAAUCACUCGCAUGCGUUAUUUAACCAUUACGGUUCUUUGACUGAAGACAAGGAUAAAGCUGGUUCUGCAAAGGUAAAUAAAUCUGGCCAUGUAAAAAAAAGUAACCAUCACUACUAAUAACAGAAUACAAGCAGGUUUUAAUUCAACCCGGCGAAAGAAGGCGAAGCAUUGGACACAAAAUCAACUCACAAAUCGAAUACACAAUUAUCAGAAAAAUACAAACCUGUUUGGAAAUGUUCAAAACGUUUUAUUCCACCUCAGACUGACGGAAUAAUCUGUUUUUACUCUAACAUUGGUUGUUCUGAAUCCAAAGUAAUUUUCAAGUGACGAAAAAACAACAACAACAAAAACAAAAAAAAAAGCCUUUACAAGGAGCAAACGUUCGCACCUCGUGUAUUUCAUUCAGUCUCAGUCAGAACUCUCACAGAACGAGACAAACAAACGCAGGCGAUAAGGGAUGCGCAGAAGCUUGCGCAGAACGUUUUUCCGCCCCGAAAGACCACCAUUGACGUCACGUAGUCUCCAGUCUAUCACGCGGCCAUUUCAGAAACGUUUUCGUGAAGUCUUCGGAAAUGCUCGGAUUUUGAUCUUUCAUCUUUCUGUAAAGGCUUGGGAAGAAAAAUCUUUACCCAAAUCUCACUUAGGAUGGUUCUUUUUAGUGUUUGGUGAAGGUAAAGUGACAAAAGAAAAUAUGUCAAUUUUUUGGUUCAUUUGACCUUUAAUGCCGCUGUCAACCCGUUCGCAUAUGUUUUGGUUAACCAAAGGUUUCGACAGAAGAUGAAGGGAAUCUUA